AUGAAUCCUCAAUUGGUUAAUAUUUUGAUUACUCUUACUAUGAUGUUACUUUCUCGUUUCAUCGACAUGGAGCAACCAACAAUAAAGUUCAGUAUCCGUAUCUUGUAUACCGUUUCCAUAGCAUUUGCCUUAAUUGCUUACUAUUUAACGAAGAGAAAUAUCCAAAAGGAAAACAACCUGCAAAUUUUGAAAUACGUCAAGAGUGGUUCUACCAUCUUUGAAGAAAAGGAAACGUUAGAGGUUACCACUAUCAAGGAUUAUGAUCUAGGAGAAGUUAACUCUUCUUUGAAGUCCUUGUACUCAGGUGCCGCCUUCAUGUUAUUCAUGCAUUUAUAUAUGGGCUAUACUAACCCAUUGUUCAUGCAAUUCAUUCCUGCUGUGAAAGGUGCCAUUGAACACAAUGAAGUCAAAAUCCAUCUUUUCGAAAAGGCUCCAAUUGGAGAAUUGAAGAGACCAUUCAAAGCUGCCCCAAUGUUUGGUGGUAUGACUUCUGGUCCAGAAUCAAAAACUGAUAGAAAAUCCAUCGAAGAAUUGGAAAGAGCUGGUAACGGUGGUAUUAAACGCGAUUGA